GGCCGGGACACGGGGGAGCCGGAGCCGCGGGGCCGGGACACGGGGGAGCCGGAGCCGCGGGGCCGGGACACGGGGGAGCCGGAGCCGCGGGGCCGGGACACGGGGGAGCCGGAGCCGCGGGGCCGGGACAUGCGGGAGCCGGAGCCGGAGCCAGGCAGCGAGUCGUCGAGCGGCGACGAGGCGGCGGCCGAGGGCCCGGGCGACGGGCCGGUGCUGAAGCUGAACGUGGGCGGCGCUCGGUUCCGCAUCGGCCGGCGGCUGGCGGCGCGGUUCCCGGCCAGCCGGAUCGGGCGGCUGGCGGCCUGCCGGGGCCCGGCCGAGGGCCUGCGGCUGUGCGACGAUUACUCGGCCGAGCGCGAUGAGUUCUUCUUCGACCGGGACCCGGGCGUGUUCCGCGGGCUGUGGGCCGUGUACCGGGGCGGGAGGCCGUGGCCCGGCCCCGGCCUCUGCCCCCGCGGCUACCGCGCCGAGCUCCGCUACUGGGGCCUGCGGCCGGGCCGGGCGCCGCGCUGCUGCCGCCUGCUGCUGCGGGAGCGGCGCGACGAGCUGGCGGAGGAGCAGCGGGUGUCGCGGCAGCUGGAGGCCGUGCUGGGCCUGGCGGAGCCGCGGGCCGCGGCCGGCUGCCUGGGCGGCGGGCGGCGCCGCCUCUGGCGCCUGCUGGAGCGGCCGCACUCGUCGCCCGGCGCCCGGGCGCUGGCCGUGGCCGGCUGCCUCUGCGUCCUGCUCUCGCUGGCCUGCCUGAUCCUCGGCACCGUGCCCGAGCUGGGCCCCGGCCUGCGCGGCCCGGAGGCGGCCUGCAGCGCCGCGCUCUCCGCCCACUACCUGCUGCGGCUGCUGGCCGCGCCCGAGCCGCGCCGCUUCCUCCUCGCCCCGCUCAACGCCGCCGACCUGCUGGCGCUGCUGCCCUUCUACACCGAGCUGGCGCUGCCCGCCGACCCCCGCGCCCCGCCCGGGCCCGCGCUCGCCGCCCUCCGCCCGCUCCGGCUGCUCCGGGUGCUGACGCUCGCCCGCUACUCCACCGGCGUGCGGGCCUUCGGCUUCACGCUGCGCCGCUGCUCGCAGCAGGUCUGCUGCCUCCUGCUCUUCAUCGGCCUCGGCAUCUUCACCUUCUCCGCCCUGGUGCACCAGGCCGAGCACCACCUCCCCGGCACCAACUUCAGCAGCAUCCCCGGCACCUGGUGGUGGGCGGCGGUCAGCAUCUCCACCGUGGGUUACGGCGACACCAUCCCCGAGACGCUGCUGGGCCGGGUCUUCGCCUUCGGCUGCAUCUCGUUCGGCAUCAUCCUGAACGGGAUGCCCAUCUCCAUCUUCUUCAACAAGUUCUCCGACUACUACGGGCAGCUGAAGGCGCUGGAGCGGGGCUCGGUGCUCCGGGACCGGGGGCACGUCGCCCUGCGGCACCGCGCCCUCGGGAAGCUGCUGCGCUGCUGCGGGGACCAGGCGCAGGGGCGGCGGCCGGACUCUCCCCGUUAGUCCGGGCCCGAAGCGGGGCCGCCCCGUCCCCCGGUGCAGCGCCCACGCCGCCUCCCCCUGCCCUCGGCCCGGAGGCUGCCCCCGUCCCGUCCCGUCCCGUCCCCCCGUCACCCCCCUCCAACCACCCUUCGUUCCCCCUCCUUCCGCUCC